GUACUAAUAUCUCUCUCUCCUGUGUUGUUUGUUUUCAUGAUAAAAGUUGAAGUGAGUGUUCCAGCAUUCCAACAGACCCAGAGCAAUGAAUCCCAAAGGGGAUAAGCCAAAGUCGAAGAUUUCAGCUUCUCGCAAGCUGUCUCUCAAGAUGCUUCUCCUCACAAGAGCCUGUGAGGAUUUGGAGAGGGAGAAUCAGGAGAGGGAGGAGGAGAAAGUGCGUUACAUUGGAGACAAUUUGCCUCCUUUGCAACUGUCUGGGUUAUCACUGGAUGAUCUACAAAAAUUGUGCAAGCAGCUUCAUUCAAAAAUUGAUGUUGUGGACGAGGAGCGAUAUGACUCUGAAUCCAAAGUGGGCAAACACAACAAAGAUAUCCAUGAGCUGAAGCUGAAGAUACAGGACCUCGGAGGCAAGUUCAAAAAGCCUGCCCUGAGGAAGGUGAGGGUGUCGGCAGAUGAGAUGAUGAGAGCUCUCCUGGGAUCCAAACACAAGGGCUCGAUGGACCUCCGAGCCAACCUGAAGUCUGUGAAGAAGGAGGACGGCAAACAGGACAAGGUGCUCACUUCUGAAGUGGGCGACUGGCGUAAGAACGUGGAGGCCAUGUCCGGCAUGGAGGGCCGCAAGAAGAUGUUCGACACAGCCGGAGGAGCGCAGUGAGAUUACUUUGUGAGGAGUCCUGCAAAUGAUGAAGCCGGUUGACUAAGAACCGGGAAAAGUAAAGUCGUCUAGUCAGAAGUAUGGAAUAGUUUUAAGAGGGCUAAGGGACUUAAAAGCGAUGGGAAUCAAAGGUCAUUAGCUGUGCCUUCAUUUCCUAGAUGGCCAUUUGUCUGUGCAAUAACUCAAAGCACUUGAGGAGAGACCCAUUGUUUUUUUAAUUACAAAAGUACAUCAUUCUUGUUUUGUUAUGACAUCAUGAGACAACUAAAACGGAUUUGAAUAAAGUUUCAGUCUUUGAUGUUCCAUAUUCAAAGUUGACUUUAUCAUGUUUCAUUUCACUAGCACCGGUUUAUGUGCGGCACGUUAAGACGAUGGAAAGCGGCUCAACUCAUGAUGGAUUAAAAAGGAGCAUGAUAUGUCAAGAGAGGGGGUGGGUGCAACAGAUGUCCCCUACCUAAAUUCAAGAUCAUAAUGUUUAAAUAGAUAUUGCAGACACAGCCAUAAAAGAAGAUCGCAAAUAUUUACUCUAAAUUAAAAGGACAAUCACAAGUCACGAAUAAUACUAAAGACGGUUACUUUUUACAGAUUGUUACACAAUAACUGCCAAAAACAGAGUUUCAACCAUCAUCAGGAUUAGGUUUUGCUCAAUAAUAACAACAACAGUUGAAGUUUGAAAGAACUACUCCUGCUUCAGUACCUCUUGAUAAGUUAUAUUUUUAGAGUAGUUUAAUGAUAGAAAUAAACCACAAGAGACGUGAUCUGAAUCUAAGACUCAGGAACCUAGCCAUGAUGCUGUCCUCCAUAACUCCUAUCUUUGUAAAGCAAAACCCUCUGGCAUUGUUGUACUUCACAUUGUAUGGACGCAUGUGCUUCUUAUGUCCACUGGCUGUCACCCAGCAAUUUUACUAUUUUUGCACUUUAUGUUGUCUUUGCACUUUAUGUUGUCUAUGCACUUUAUGCUGUCUAUAUGUUGGACAAUUCACUUUAUGUUGCACAAUUCAAUUCACUUUAUGUUGGACAGAAGAGAAACGUAAUUUCAAUCUUCUGUAUGUUUGCACAUAUGAAAAAUUGACAAAUAAAACUGACUUUGACUUUUGAAGUAUAACAACAUCACCAACAA